AUGAGGCGAGGCGGUGAAGGAGGUGGAGGAGACGAGGCGGAGGAGGUGUGGGGAGACGAGGUGCAGGAGUUGCAAGAGACGAGGAGCCACCUCCUCACCCUCUCUCCACCGGCCCGUGUCCCAUCCCCAGGAUCGCUGUUUCCACGAGGUUCGGGGCUGCGUGGAGGAGGGGGGAGGGAGGAGAGAAGGGGGGGGGGGGGGGCGCGCGCGCGGGAGUCCGUGGCGACUUCGCCUGGCAUCUCUCCGUCAUCCAGUGGAGGAGGAGGAGGAGGAGGUCGUUGUGUCAGCAGGUCUCGCGUGCGAGGAGCAACGGCCGACGAUGUCGGCGACGACGCUGGCGACGAUGUCGAGGUGCCUGCUGAGCUCCGUCGUGCUGCUCACGGCCAUGGGGCGCGCUCCGUGCUCACGCGCCUCCUCUUUCUCCUCCUCCUCCUCGUCGUCCUCCUCCUCCUCCUCCUCGUCAUCGUCGUCGUCCUCCUCCUCGUCGUCGUCGCUGCUCGUCGACACAACGCAGACGCAGUCCGCCUUCGGCUGCCCUCCGUGCUCGACCGAGACGCUGUCGCGGUGCCCACGGCGCCCCCGUGGUGCCCCGAGCUGGCCCGCGAGCCGGGCUGCGGCUGCUGCGCCGUGUGCGCCGCCCGCCAGGGCGAGGCGUGCGGGGUGUACACACCGCGCUGCGGCAUGGGUCUCCGCUGCACCCCGCGGCCCGGCGAGGAGAGGCCCCUGCACUCGCUGGUGCGAGGCCGCGGCAUCUGCACCAGCAGCGCCAAGCGCGAGGCGAACGACACGGACAAGGACGAGGAGGCUUCGUCCGCGGACGUCGCGAGCGACGUCGACGGUGCAGGAGUCCUCUCGGCAGCAGGACCCGCACAACCCCAGCCGCUGCCGCUGCCCGCGCGGACCCCGCAUCCAGACGACGGCAAGUCCGUGGCGAUGCAUCGGGAGCGCGUGCAGAAGCAGGGCCAAGAGCGGCGCCGCAUGCACAACGGCAGCAGGGAGGGCGUGGGACGCAGCAUCCCUCAGCAGCAGCAGCAGCAAGCCGGCAGGCAGCACGCGCAUCUUCGGCCCAACGCCCUGCCGGAGGGCAGCGCCAACCCGCGGCACGUGAAGCCCUGGGGGAGGCAUGGCCCGUGCCUGCAGGAGCUGGAGGCGGUGGUGGAGAAGAUCGAGCGGCUGCAGCGGCGCUCGCGCGAGGAGCGCGUCCCACUCGAGGAGCUGUACCUCCUCUACAUCCCCAACUGCAGCCGCGACGGCCUCUACCACGCCAAGCAGUGCCGCACGUCCCUGAGCGGUCAGCGCGGCGAGUGUUGGUGCGUGCACGCGGACACGGGAGGCCACGUGCCCGGCUCGCCCGUCGUGCGCGGCGAACUCGACUGCGUCACGCGGCGGCGCGAGCCUGAGACGCCCAACCGCAAGUGACGCUUGGGAGUGGCGGCGCGCGACACCACCACCAACACCACCACCCUCCUAGCGCUCCUCCGCGGGUCUCCUUCCUCGGCGGUGGUCGUUGUCGCUGCAGGUCACGAUCGACGGUGGGGCGGG